CGUCGAAAGCAAACCAACCAACCAAGCAGCAAGCAGCCAGCAAUCAGCAGCCAUCAGCAGUCAAAUCGCUCGCCUUUUAACGGUUUAAAAAACGCUUUUCAAAUCGAAUUCUUGUGUGGUCUCUUCGAACGCACAUUUUAGACAAAAAUUUCAAAUUUGUUUAAGAAUAAAAAGAGUAAUUAAAAUUUUUUGCAUUUUCACUCAAGAGUUUAACAUUUUCUGUCGAUAACGAUUUUGCUGUUUGUGCAUCGUUUAAUUGGAAAAGUUUUUGAAGCACUUUUUACGCGAGUUUUUCCGUGUUUUCAGUCUCAUUUAAAGUAGAACAAAUACGUAAGAGGAUUUUGCGGUGCAAUCAAAUCUAACAAAUACAGUUUCAGUUUCUGUUCCAGUUCCAGUGCUGAUAAUAAAAAUAUUUUUUAUCAAUCGACGAAUCGUUCUGUAAACGGUAAACGUGCGUAAAUAAACUUUGCAUUCAAUUUAAACGUCACAUUAACUGACAACCACAGCAGUAAUUAAUACAAACAGUUACAACAAACUCCAAAAUGAUCCACUUCAAGUCACAGAUGAGCUACGGCUGCGCUUUGGCCACUUUCAGCUUAAGUCUUCUACUGCUGCAGCACUCCAGCGCCGAACUAGCCACAGUUCAAGGCGCUCCCAUCAAUAAUCUCUACGAUAAUCUGCUGCAGCGUGAGUAUGCUGGGCCAAUUGUCUUUCCGAAUCAUCAAGUGGAGCGCAAGGCGCAGCGUUCGCCAUCACUGCGACUGCGCUUUGGACGCAGCGAUCCGGAAAUGCUAAAUAACAUUGUGGAGAAGCGUUGGUUCGGCGAUGUCAACCAGAAGCCGAUCAGGUCGCCAUCAUUGCGACUGCGUUUUGGUCGACGCAGCGAUCCCAAUUUACCCCAAAUGCGUCGCACAAUCUACGAUGAUCUCCUGGAGCGUCAAUUGAAUCUGAACAGCCAACAACUGAACCAGCAACCAGCUGCGGCUGAUGAAGUGGAACUAUCCGAUGACUAUGAUACCGCCUUUGAACGUGUUGUGCGUAAGCCACAGCGUCUGCGUUGGGGUCGUAGUGUGGGCAACAAUGUUCUGGACAAGGAUCAGCGAGAACGUGCUCAACUGGAACGUGAAUGGCAAAAAUGGCAGAACAUGACUCGUUGGUUGUUGGCUCUGCAGCAACAAUAUGAUUCCGCAUCUGCUGCUGAACGCGCUGUUGGCUCAGUUGAGGACACCGAAGAGGAUCAGGAUGACAACAGCUCAGAGUUCCAGCGUGAAGCUCGCAAGCCCAUGCGUUUGCGUUGGGGACGCAGCACUGGCAAAGCUCCCUCAGAGCAGAAAUUGCCGCUGGCUGCUGAGACUGCGUCUGUCGCCCCAAAGACAGAGAAUUAAAUUGAGCGGCGUAAUGAAACUUAAAAAUGGAAAUGGUUAUGGAAUAAAAGGACUACAGGACAAAUGAUAAUGGCAACAACAACAACAACAACAUCUAAACAACAGGAAUAACUGAGCGGAAAACAAACAAACCAAAUGAGAACUCAACUGAGGGACAGUUUUUGACAAGCAUUUACGGAAAGUGCAGGGAGCUGAACAAAUGAACACGGGCUAAGAAGAAUACAUACAUAUAUUAGUACAUAUACUAUAUAUAGUAUAUAUAUAUAUAUACAUAACCGUUUAUGUGUACAUUCUAAUUUUCUAACUACAAUUGAUUUGUAUAGAACAUUUAACCCAUGAACUUUAAAGAAUUGCAAAUAAUAUGCAUUACAAAUUUAUAAAAAAUAAUCAUAUAUACAAUUUAUAGAGCAUUUUUAAAUGAUCUUCAUUUUGUUUUAAGUAUCACUCUUUUUUCAAAAUUUCAAAUUACUUUUACUUAAUAUUUAUUUAUGAGUAUUUUUGAUGUUAUGUUUCUAUUGGAUCAGCCUUUGUAAGUCCCCAGGCCAAAAUUCCUAACAAGCUCAAUUAAAUUGCCUCUCUUACAAAGUCAAUCUUAAUAUCAAAAAUUUAUAUAUGUAUAUAACAGCAACUGCAAAAACAGUUUUAAAAUGUAGCGCAAAUUUGUUAUAAAAGAAAAACAUAAAAGAAAUACAAAAAAAAAAUAAAUAAAACAAAUUAUUACAAAAAUAAUUUUUAAGAAUAUUCUAUUGAAGUUAUGAUAUAAACGGAAAUGUUUGAAAAACAUUUAAAGGCCCCCGAAAGGUGUAUUACUGCAACAAUUGUUAUAUUCUGUGUGCUAAAUGAAUUAUAUACAUUACAUAUAUAUAUAUAUAAAUAUCAACUACUAUAUAGGUAUAUUAAAUACCAUACAUAUACUAUAAAUAAAGUAUAAUUGUCUACUAAAUGUAUUAAACUUUUAUUGAUGUAUUUUUAAAACGAAAUAAAAUAAAUGCAAAAAUACUAUUUCUAACAACAAAUCAACUAACUGACCGUUGAAUACAACAACAACAACAACA